UGUGUGUAAAUAUUUAUUCUGUACGAAAUAAGAUGUACCAUUUUACGACGCUAAGUGCACAAUUUACAUAAAUAAUUAUGCAAGUGUACCAGAUAGGGCUUAUGCAAGCCACUAUCACAUCUGCCCCACGAUUUGAACGUGAAGCUCUAACCUAUCGCAAAGACUCCCCUCCAGACUCGAUUCACGACGCCUCGACCUCGCUUUCCCGAAACCUCAAAGAAAAACUCACGAUGCUAUUCCGAACAGCGCGGCAGCUAGCGCCCCUGCGCACAUUCACAACGCGACGCACCACCCUACCACAAUCGACCCAACUGCAACGCACAUGGGCGCGCUUCUCAUCGUCGCAAACCCCCUCCUCCCCCCAGGCGCCGUCUCCCAACUCACAAUUCUACAAGACCUUCGGCCGACCGAUCGCCAAAGUAUUCCUCCUAGCCAUCCUCACAUACCAGUUCGCAUACUACGGCUGGGUGCGACUAGAGCAUGGCGAGAUCAAGAGCGAGAUGCGGGCGGCGAUCGCCGACCUCGAAGCGCGGAUAGAACAGCUCGAAAACGCACGAAAGGUGUAACGAUUACCUACCCCGGUUGGAAUUGGCCAGACAUGGCCGCUUAAUAAUCGCUCUACAAAAGCAAUACGUCUGAAAUAGUGGCAGAAGCAGCAGCACUCAUGGGUAUUAAUAGCCGUAUGCGUAAGGUAGCUGGAAGGUUGAGUGCGGAAUAUGCCCGAGGUUUUUGGUAGAUCCACGGCAGGGAAAUCGACGAUAUCCAGCAAAGACGUCACGCAGAGAUCUAACAUGAGGAAG